UCUGCUGAUCAUUGAAAAAUAAAAAAGUCACGUGACCGCGUGUGCGGCGCCACACGACGCUAGCCGAAUGAAGUUGCCCCGGAUAGUAAGCUCGAAGUUCGAGAGCAGUGGUGGAGGUAGCGGUGAGGGAAUGAGAGCAGAGUGAUAUUGCAAUUCGGAGGAACUGCGGUGUUUUAGCAAAGGAAUUACUCGUAUCAACGAAGAUGGAGAUCGAAGUCCUGUCAGCGAAAUCCUCCAAGCUGAUAGCCAAUGUGAAUGUAAAUCCAAGCACUACAAUAGGAGAGAUGAAACAGCAAUUGCAAAAAUUAAAGAAAGCGCCAUAUGUCGAAAGGCAGAGUCUGAGAUUGGAGGCCAAAGGAAAAGCAUUGUCUGACUCGGAGACAGUUAAGUCUCUUUCACUAAAAGCAGAUGGAAAAUUGUAUUACAAGGAUCUUGGUCCUCAAAUUGGUUGGAAGACUGUUUUCUUACUAGAAUAUGCAGGACCUUUGGUAAUAUAUCUUUGGCUGUAUCAGCGUCCCUGGCUAUUUUACGGAAACGUGGACACCAGUAAUUAUCACUAUGUAGUUAACUGGGCAGCAAUUGGCUGGACAGUACAUUAUGCAAAACGUCUUCUGGAGACUGUCUUUGUCCACCGUUUUAGUCAUGCAACGAUGCCGUUGCGUAAUUUAUUCAAAAAUUGCUCUUAUUAUUGGCUCUUUACUAUGUAUGUGGCAUAUCACAUCAAUCAUCCGUUAUACACAGCUCCCUGCUCUGUUCAAGUCUACAUUGGAGCAGUGACAUUCGUAGUGUAUGAGCUGGGUAAUCUCAGUAUCCACUUAGCUCUGAGGAACUUGCGACCACCGGGCACCACAAUUAGGAAAAUACCGAUGCCGACAGAUAAUCCCUUCACUGCUCUUUUUAAACUUGUUUCCUGUCCCAAUUACACAUAUGAGAUAGCCAGUUGGAUUAGCUUUACUUUAAUGACAUCAUGUCUUCCAGCUGGUCUUUUCACACUUGCUGGUGCAUAUCAGAUGACUGUAUGGGCACUGGGCAAACAUAGAGCAUACAAGAAAGAAUUUCCGGACUAUCCAAGAAAUCGUAAAGCCAUCAUUCCAUUUAUUCUCUAAGUUAAAAUGUCUAUACAAAGUAAUAUUGGUAACUCGCGAUACUACUACGAUAUUAUUUUGUUGCUCUUUUUGAAAGAAUAAAUAUUAAUGAUUAUGUUUAACAAUUACGUUCCAAAUAUAUGACGAACAAUUUCUAGUAAUGAAUUUCGUAGAAGUACAAAAAAGAAUACAUGCAGUUUAGUUUCUAUUUUAUAUUUUUGUACAAAUUUUAAGGUGGGUUUUGUCUUUUUCACCAUAAUGAAAUUAUAUAUAUUAUGA